AUGAAGCGCCUCAACCUGCUGUGCUGCUGCGUGGCCUCGCUCCUGCUCCUCGGCACAGCAGCCCCGCCGGGUGCCGAAGAUGUUGGCCAUGCCGCACAACGCCCCUCGUUGGCCACGGAGCCCCGGCUGGAGGAGAUGGCCACCGACGGCAGCCCUGAGGAGGAGGAAGAUGGCGGCACCGCCAAUGCCUCCAGUGCUGCAGAAGAGGGAGGCGGCGAGGGGGAGGAAGAGCUGAAUGGAGGCCUGAGCGGGGCCAUGGGGCUCAGCCAGGAGGGGCCCCACUGGGCACAGGGCCCUGGGGAGGAUGAUGCCAUGUUGGGUGCCCCUGAGGCAGGGGGAGAGGCCGCCCACCAGCCUGGCCCACAAGAUGGCUUCCAUGACCAGGAGGAUGAGGAGACUGAUGCUGGCUCCAAAGAAGUGGCCACUGAGGAGCAGGGGAAGCCUGAGGGAGAGAAAAUGGAGGAGCCAAGAGUCGUGUCUGCUCCUGAAAUUGGAGAAGAAGGGGAAGAGCAGAGCUCAGAGGAAGAUGACGAGCAGGGGGAAUCUGAGGAAGAGGGAGAUGAAGGUGGAGAGUCUGAAGAAGAUGGAAGCAAAGGAGAGUCGGAGGAGGAGGGAAAGUCUGAGGAGGAUGGAGAGUCUGAGGAGGACGCUGCUGGCUCAGCAGGGCCAGAGGACGGAGCUGAAGGAAGUGACAAGGAAGAGACCAGCGUUUUAGGGGAAAGUGGCCACAGCAAAGCAGCAGCUGCCAGCAAGGGGGAAGCCAAGGAUGGCCCUAUCAGCUGCCAUCACCCACCAUGUGGGGACGUGGAGCCUGGCUCUGGCAGCAGCAGCCCAGCAACAGCAGAAAACCCACCUACAGCAGUGGAAGAACCAGCAGCAGCAGAAGACCCACCAGCAGCUGUUGAAACCCCACCAGCAGCAGCAGAAGACCCUCCAACAGCAGAAGACCCUCCAGCAGCAGUGGAAGCCCCCCCUGCAGACAACCCAUCGCUGGCAGAAACGGAGAGCCCACCCAGCCCCAGCACCCACCCUGCUGCCGCUGAGCACCAGCACAGACAGAUAGAAGAGGUUGAGGAUGCCAGCGAGCCCACCAAGCGCGACCGGUCCCACUUGGAGAGCACCCUCAAGUUGAAUGAAGACAAACCUGCCGAUGACGUCUCAGGAGUACUGCAGCGGCUGAGGAAGAUCUACCACUCCUCCAUCAAGCCCCUGGAGCAGUCCUACAGAUACAAUGAGCUGAGGCAGCACGAGAUCACAGAUGGGGAGAUCACUUCCAAGCCGAUGGUGCUAUUCCUGGGACCGUGGAGCGUCGGUAAAUCCUCCAUGAUAAACUACCUCCUAGGGCUGGAUGACACUCCCUACCAGCUCUACACAGGGGCAGAACCCACCACCUCUGAAUUCACCGUCAUCAUGCACGGCCCCAAGCUGAAGACCAUCGAGGGCAUCGUGAUGGCUGCAGACAGCGCGCGCUCCUUCUCACCCCUGGAGAAGUUUGGGCAGAACUUCUUGGAGAAGCUGAUAGGGAUAGAGGUGCCCCACAAGCUCCUGGAGCGAGUCACCUUCGUGGACACGCCAGGCAUCAUUGAAAACCGCAAGCAGCAAGAACGAGGUUACCCGUUCAACGACGUGUGCCAGUGGUUCAUUGACAGAGCCGAUCUCAUCUUUGUUGUCUUUGAUCCUACGAAGCUGGACGUGGGCUUGGAGCUGGAGAUGCUGUUCCGCCAGCUGAAGGGCCGAGAGUCCCAGAUCCGAAUCAUCCUGAACAAAGCCGACAGCCUGGCUACCCAGGAGCUUAUGAGAGUCUACGGUGCCUUGUUCUGGAGCCUGGCUCCUCUGAUCAACGUCACAGAGCCACCCAGGGUGUACGUUAGCUCCUUCUGGCCCCACGAGUAUCAUCCGGACACCCACAAAGACCUGUUCCUCAAAGAAGAGAUAUCACUCCUGGAAGAUCUCAACCAGGUGAUUGAGAACAGGAUGGAAAAUAAGAUUGCCUUCAUACGCCAACACGCCAUCCGGGUGCGCAUCCACGCCCUUUUGGUCGAUCGCUAUCUCCAGACCUACAAGGACAAAAUGACCUUCUUUAGUGAUGGAGAACUGGUGUUCAGAGACAUUGUGGAAGAUCCUGACAAGUUCUUUAUCUUUAAGUCCAUUCUGGCAAAGACCAAUGUCAGCAAAUUUGACCUCCCCAACCGCGAGGCUUACAAGGACUUCUUUGGCAUCAACCCCAUCACCAGUUUUAAGCUGCUGUCUCAGCAGUGUUCCUACAUGGGCGGGUGCUUCCUCGACAAGAUCGAGAAGGCCAUCACCCGCGAGCUUCCCGAUCUGCUGGGGAGCAUUGGCCUGGGGAAGAAGCCCAAUGUUCUCUCCUGCGACAUCACCGGCUGUGGCGAAAACCCAAAGAAUCGCUACAAGAAGCCGUAA